GGUAGUGGUGGUGGUGGUUUAGUCUCAGUAGUGCCACACCCGCCAGACACACACCUUGCACUCAUCGGCUUCUCUCUCUUACUCUCACUCACACUCUCACUCAGAAUUCAUCACCUGAGCUGCUAUAAUUUACUUUUUUUCCUAUCGCUCUUUUUGUUAUGUUCUUUUUUCAUUUGUUCUCUCUCUCAUUCACUCUAUUAAUAAACUGUUCUAUUUCUCUAAUUUUCACUGAUUUCUCCCCUCCUCUCUAUAUCUGAAACAGCUCUAAUUUUUCCUCUCUCAGUUUCAAUCUUUUCCAUAGUCUCCGUCUCUCUCUCGCUCAUUCAUUUUCGCUGCGUCAUUUUCUCAACUACUCCAAUUCAUUCACUCACUUCAAACUUACUAUUUCCCUCCUACCUUUUCUUCUUUUCUCUCACUAUUACUUCAUUUUCUUCAUAUCAACUGGACUCAUUCUCGUCAUCGCGUCAGUUUCUCAUUCACCCACAUUUUCAAUUAUUCAGAUCCUUCGUGUUUUUUCCACCUCUCAUUUGAAAUACUAUUAUUCUAUCUCUCUGUAUCUCAAUCUUUUUACUAACACAGGACAUGCAAUCUAGUACUUCAAACUGUUUCUUUUCUCUCUUCUUCUCUCUCCCUCCCUCUCUCUAUUAAGUGAGUGCAAGGUAAUUCUUCUAAAUGUGUGCAGUGUUUCAUCAUCGCGCGCGUGAAUCAGUGCUGCUUCGUGUGUAGUUAGGUGCGCACGUGUGUGUGUGUGUGUAUGUGCGCGCGUUCGCCAGAGUGUUACAUAAAUCAAAGGUUACAAGAGAGGACGAUGAAAAGAAACUUAAACAAAUAAAUAAAUAAAUAAAAUACCAAACCAAAAUCAAGCAAGGACGAAAAAGAAAAAAAAAAAAAAAAGUGCUAAAGAAAGAAACAUUAGAUAAGAGCGAAAGAUAACAUAUAUACCACAAAAAAGAGAAAAGAUACGAAAUAAAUAGAAAAACAAGGAGAACACAAACACUGAUAAGGGUAAGGAGUGGUCAAGACAGUGACACUAAACAAUAAAAGCAAAAAAUAUAAGUGGAAAUAGAAAUAUAGAAGAAAACAAAGAGGAAAGUGAUAUAAAUUAGAAAAAGUCGGAAUUAUACUACUAUUCCAUUACUUGAAGACAACCUACUACUACUACUACUACUACUACUACUACUACUACUACUACUACUACCACCACGAAGUUAAAAUGACGACCAUGGCAAGAGGAGAAAAGUGGAGGAGUCGAGGAAACAACCACUCUCUCUUCCACCUCCUCCUCCUCCUCCUCCUUCAGCAUCUUCAUCUACCUCAGCCAGCUCCUCCUCCUCCUCUUCUUUCUUCCCGUCAUUGGUGUCGGCGAGGCGGCAGCACAGACAUCCGCUAGGUCACCAACGACCAGUAGCAGCAGCAGCAGCAGCAGCAGCAGCGGGGGCGGAGUGCCAGACGUGGAGGUGUACCGCGUGGUGGUGCCUGGCAUGAGCAUUUUUGUAAUCGGGCGCAGCGUGCUGGAUGACGCUGUGGGCAGGUCUGUGGUGGGGCCCCCGGCCAUCGGCAGCAGCGUCAUUGCCGGCAUAACGCGCCCUGUGCUUGGUGCCGCCAGUGACGUCAGCCCACCUGACCCCCCCGCCGCCGCCACCACCACCACCACCACUACUACUGCCGCCCCCACCACCACCACCACGACCACGACCACUACCACAACUACUACCACAACCACUACCACCACGACACCGCCUCCUCCCAAACUUCCGGCCAACAAGGACAACACCACCAAUACAAACUCAGCCGGGGCGCGUCGCUCCCCAAACAAGCGUGUUUUAGCAAGACUGAUGAAGGAACAGUUUGACAUCUUCAAGGACAGCCUGGUGGCGCCCACCGAGGCCCCGGCCCCAACACCAGCACCUACACGCAAGAAGGCCAGCCCAGGCCAGGCCUCUACCAGCUCUACCAAGAAUGGCGGGCGGGGUCGCAGCCUGCAGGUCGGUGAGUUAACCAGCAAGGCUGAGCGGCGGGCUGGGCCAGGUGAGGACCCCAGCGGCGUGCACUCCGGGCUACUGAAGCCUGACGCACACCCCAUACCCGUCACCUUCACCUCCCUCCCGGGGUUCCCCUCACGCCUGCCCCCAGCCCCGCCGUCCAGGGCCCCGCCUCGCACCGCCACGGCCCCGGGGCCUAGCAGCGCAGGGACGCCCUUGAGAGUGGAGCAACGGUUCAGUGGCGCGGCACGACCUCCAUCUGGGCGCGUCACGCCGUCCACGAAUUCGCAAGUGGGUGACCUGAUGCGUUUGUUGCAGACCAGGCUAAUCGGCGGCCUGCGCACCGCCAUGCCCGGGGCGUCGCGUCCUCCUGGCCAAGCCCCGCACCAGCACUUCGACCCCUCCAUCGUGGUGAACUUCCUCACCCUGGUUGCUCUCUCCCAGCAGAGAAGUGGCGGGAUUCGAUCGUCAGUUCAGCGCAACGCCUCGCCGUUAGGAGGCCCCUCCAUCACCCUGCCCACCCUCACUGAGGGCAACUCAGAGAGCGAGUUUGGCCCCUACAGCACCGGCAACGACCCGUCAGCCGGCGUGGACCCCUCUACCAUAGUGCUGCCCCCCAUGCUGCGCCAGUCUCUCUACUCCUACCUGCUGCCCCGUCUGGCCUCUCUCAGCGCCCUGGUGGAGACCGUGCCUGGCGUGCCCGGCCUGGACUAUCCCAUCAUCGCCGCCGUGCCCUACACUAACUUCUACUGCUCCGAGAUGCCCUGGCCUGGCUUCUACGCCGACACGGAGGCCAGGUGUCAGGCGUGGCACUACUGCGAUCUAGACGGACGGCAGGCCUCGUUCUUAUGUCCCAACGGCACCAUGUUCAACCAGGCGUUCUUCGUGUGCGACUGGUGGUACAACGUGGACUGUCAAUCGGCGCCCUACCUCUACUCCCUCAACGAGCGUGUCUUCGCCCUGCCCGAGGUGGACGAGACGGCCCCGCACCGCACCCUCACCGCGGAGAUCCUAGACACCAUCUUUUUGUGAUCGGCUCCCACACCGCCCAGCCACGCCACGCCACACCAUACCACGCGCUUCCAUCGUUAACCAACCACGAGGAAUCACACCAGCGCUAACUCCAGCCCUCCCAGACCACCUCACCCAUCAACGCCACUGUGGACACCGCCAACACCAAACCAGCGGGUGUUACGUUAGAUUCUUCAGCGAGAUCAAGACAUGUUAGGAAUCACACCAUGCACGCUAUUCAUGGGGAGGAGAGAGAGAGAGAGAGAGAGAGAAAAAAUGUAAAGGAAGAGGACGGCUUUGAUUUUUCUUUUUCUUCAACUUUUUCUUGUUGUUAUUCCUCUUCCUCCUCCUUUUCUU